AUGGAACCAUUGUCCAACUCGAAAAUCCAAAGUUGCAAAGUUCCAGAAUGGAAACGUCUGAAAGUUGCAGUUGCUUGGGUUUUGAAACUGCAGAAACUUCUGUUGGAGCUGAGUCGUAAACGAAAGGAGUUGUCUUUGGAGCAGAUUGACAGCAUUGCUUUAAAUGCAAAACGACAGGAAUUUAAAGCAUCUCUGGGCAGACAAAGUUUGACUGUGAAGGAUCUGUAUAAGGCGGAGAUUGGCAUAAUUCGUUUCAGUCAACAGGAACAAUUUCAAGAGGAAAUUGCUGAGCUCAAGGAGGGAAGUACUGAUGUUAAAAGAAACAGUUCUGUCUAUAGUUUGGAUCCUAUGUUGCAUGAUGGACUGCUGUUAGUGGGAGGAAGACUUGGCAGCAGUACUAAAAUAAAGGCUAAAGACUGUGCUGUUGACUGUGCAAGUGGGUCCAUGAAUGUCGGCAUUACAAAGAAUUCUUUAGCAUGCUGUAACACAGACCAGUGUAAUGACCAAGAUGCUCCAGAACCCUCUGAUGUCCCCAAUGGAAAGAAAUGCUACUAUUGUGAUGGGGAGAGCUGCUUAAACAUAUUGAGCUGUUCAGGGAGUGAAGAACGCUGCUUUAAAGGAACAACGAAUGUCAUGGGCCAGUCAAAAGUUCUAAAAGGCUGUGUCUCUAAAUCUAUUUGUGAUGCGACGACAACGGUUACUGAUGUUCAGGGCAUCUCAUGCUGUGAGGGGAACCUGUGUAACAGUGCUGAGAGUGUCACUCAGAGCUUCCUGUUCCUGUGCGGUUCUCUGCUCUCCUUCAUCCUGCUGCACUGAA